UCCUUUGCCAUGGGGGCCACCCGAUGGGGAAUCUGCUCUGCAGGGAAGAUCGCUCACGAUUUCCUGGUCGCCCUGAAGACUUUGCCACCCGAGGAGCACCAGGUGGUGGCGAUUGCUUCUCGUGAUCUCAGCCGGGCUCAGGAAUACGCCAGGCGGCACGGCAUUGCCAAGGCUUAUGGCUCUUAUACGGAACUGGCAGAGGAUCCCAGUGUGGAUGUAGUGCACAUAGGAGUGAUUAAUCCGUACCACCUUUCAACCGCCCUCCUCUUCAUCCGGGCUGGGAAGAACGUGCUCUGCGAGAAGCCGCUGGGCAUGAACGGUGCUGAGGUGGACACGAUGGUGCAGGCAGCUCGGGAGAAGAAGGUCUUCUUCAUGGAGGGCUUGUGGUCCCGGUUUUUCCCUGCUUCCGAGAAGAUCCGUUCGAUACUCAGCCAGGGCUCUAUUGGAGAGGUGAUGUUACUUCAUGCUGAAUUUGGGAGCCCACAGCUUGCAAUCCCCAGAUGUGUGGAGAAGGAGCUGGGAGGCGGUGGUCUUCUGGAUAUCGGCUGCUACUGCGUCCAGUUAGCCUGCAUGGUCUUCAACGGAGAGAAGCCAGAGUCCAUCCUGGCCUCUGGAUUCUUGCAUGAUACAGGGGUGGACAAAACAGCCUCGAUCAUCCUGAACUAUUCGGGUGACCGCCAGGCUGUCCUCACCUGCACUAUGACUGCCAGGAUGCCCAAUCGAGCAAGUAUUAACGGCGUCAAGGGCGUCAUUGAGAUUCCAUCCCCUUUCUGGUGCCCAACGGAGCUGGUGGUCAAUGGGCAGAAGGUGGAGUUCCCCCUGCCGACGCCGUCUCAACAGCUGUACUUCACCAACAGCGCCGGCCUGCGCUACGAAGCGGAACACGUCCGGCAGUGUCUUCUCAAAGGCUUGAAGGAAAGCCCCGUCCUGACGCACGCGGACAGCAAGCUGGUCAAUUCCAUCCUAGAGGAAGCCCGCCGGCAGGUGGGGGCGCUCUACCCUCAAGACAAAGCCUGAGGCCUUCCUGGGUCUCCAUGCUGGAAUCUCGGGGUUCUUCGUCCGCCCCAGCUUUGCUGCAUCCA